AUGCCGGGGGACGGCGGCCGGGCGCUGCGCUGCUUGCUGGCCGCAGUGGGGCUGCUCUCGGCGCUCAGCGCCGCGGGGACGCUCUUCCUGCUGGGCCAGUGGAGGGAGCUGAGCGCGGCGCUGCGGGAGCUGGAGGCUGCGCGGCCCCAGGGGGGAGACACUGACAGCAUCCUGCGGUCCCUCUUGGGCCCCACCGCCCCGGGGGCAGCGGCCCCAGGAGCCGCCCGGCACAAGAGGAGCCACCGCGGAGCGGGCGCCAGGGGCCACGUUCGGGCCGAGAACGACGAGCUGCUCAUGAUGAUGACCUACUCCAUGGUGCCGGUCCGUGUGAUGGUGGAUUUAUGUAACAGCACAAAAGGGAUAUGCUUAACAGGCCCUCCAGGCUCCCCAGGGCCUCCUGGACUCGAUGGAUUACCUGGCUACAAUGGAUCAGAUGGCAUCCCAGGGCCAAAGGGGGAACCAGGAGUAAAUGGAAGAAGAGGAAAAAUAGGUUUACCAGGACCAAAAGGCGAUCCAGGAGAGAAAGGAGAAAAAGGAGACCCUGGUGAACUGGGCUUACCUGGCAAAGAUGGGAUGCCAGGAGGGAAAGGUUCAAGAGGAGCAAAGGGGGACAAAGGGGAUGCAAACAAUGACGUGAUAUCAGAAGGUGCAAAGGGGGAGCCAGGGCCCCCAGGGCCCCCAGGGCCGCAAGGUCCUCCCGGGCCACCAGGGAAGCGCAAAGCAAAAUCCCAGGUUCAGGAGAACAUGUACAGCAGCAAGUGCACAGGUGAGACAUGUGCCAUACCAAAUGAUGACACGCUGGUAGGAAAAGCUGAUGAGAAAACCAAUGGAUACCAUCCAAAAAAAGCUGAAUGCAUCAUUAAAUCAAUAGGAAGUCCCACUGAGAUGGGUAAGAUACAGCAAACAUUUGGAACAUGGAUGAGGGAACCUGCAAAUAGAAGUGAUGAAAGAAUUUGGCUUACGAUGCAUUUUUCAGGAAACUUCAUAAAAGAAUAUGAGAAUGCAAACGCAUUGCUGAAUGACAGCUACAGGAUCAUUAACCUCACGGGGAUCUUUUAUGGAUGUGGCCAUGUGAUAUAUAACAACUGCCUAUACUAUCAAAAAGGAGGAACCAGUAUCAUUGUGAAAUUUGAGCUUGAUACAGCAUCAUUCAGAACCCUGAGAAUUGAAAAUGCCUUACACGAUAGUCGCCACUACCUCUUUUCUAAUGCCAAGACGUACUUCAACGUGGCAGUGGAUGAAAAGGGUCUUUGGAUUAUCUAUGCCUCAAGUAUUGAUGAAAAUAUCAUUGUCGCACAUAUUGACGAAGAGACAUUUUCAGUCGUUCAGCAUAUCAACACUACAUACCCCAAGUCCAAAGCUGGCAAUGCAUUCAUAGCAUGUGGAGUGCUAUAUGUUACUGAUACUAAGGAUAUGAGGGUAACUUUUGCUUUUGAUUUGUUGAGAGAGAAGCAAAUCGAUGCAAGCUUUGAGUUAAGAUCAGCACAAUCUGUUCUUGCUAUGCUUUCAUAUAGUCUAAGAGAUAGAGACUUGUAUACAUGGGAAAAUGGCUAUUUAAUGCAAUACCAUGUACAUUUUGACAGCUGAAUGCUAUUUUAAAAUGAUACAUGCUGGCCAUAUUGGGCUAAGUAGGUUAUUUAAAGCUAUAUCUUAUACAUCUCCUCCCUGCAGAAUACACACAUUUUCUAUUGAAGGUUAGUGGUUGUUUGUGUGUGCAUAAAGGGGAGACCAGACCCCCUUGUGUCAUUUAAAUAUACUUAAAUUAUAUAGGCAAUUCUUAGCUUUAUAGAGGAAGAGCUGUGUGUUAGAAACUUAUUUUUGUUUUUUUCCCUACCAUGCAGGCCAUAAUUAUAUCUACUGUAUACUGAUUAUUCUACAAUACUAUGUUCAAUAGGGUCUGUUUUUACUCUUAAUUUACAAUUACUGUCUACAAUUAUCUUCUAGUCAGUGAUUAUAGCUUAGUAUAAAUGUCUAAACAAUGUUUACAAAUAAGCUUCUUUGUAUCAUUUCCAUUUAAUACCUUGCAUCAACUCUGAAUUUUGUUUAGUUGUGAUAUUUUUAAAAAAAUUGAUGUACAGUGAUUAAAAUGAUCAGGGACAGUAAUUUUUGUACUAAAGUAAAUACCGUAAAGACCAAAGUAAUAGUUUAUUAAAAACUCAUUCCAUAUUUAUAAGUCAAAAUAGAAAAAAGCAAGAAUCCUGAAAUUUGACAAAUCUGGCUAACUACUAAAUAACCACAAAGCAAAUAGAGAGGUGAUGUAAAUGAUGGCUAGUGAAAUGUGAACUCAGGUACUCAGUGGGAGGAGGUGCUACAAUCAGAAAUGUAGUCAGAGCAGGUGAAGCUCCUUUUAUUUAACAUUUUUUUUUUGGAUUGCUUAUCUUGAGCUAACCUCAUCUUUCUCACCAUUUUAUGGAAGUAUAACUUGCCCUACGAUGCUUCCCAGAAAUUGGGCCCAAAUUUACAAAAAACUCCUAGUCACAAAUGAAGACUGUACUGUUGUAUUAGCAUAUUAUAAAAAAA